GAUUGUGUGUGUGUUUGUGUGGGUGGGUGGGUGCGUGCGUGCGUGUGUGUGUGUGUGCAGAGGGUGCUCUCCAGAUGGCUGUAGAGGUUGGGAUACACAGAGCUGAGGACAGAAGUGCUUGCCAAAGUUUUGUGGUGCCGGUUGCUUAGACACAGUGAGCAGACAUCUGGAGUAGCAGAAGAUGAUUCCUGUGCUGAUCUGUGCCCUGGUCUCUCUGAGUGUGGCGGACAACUUAGACACGGCCUAUCCUGAACUGGAACACUCCAGAACCAUCUACGUCACAGAGAAUGGCCCCGGGCUGUCAGUCCUGUCGGAGCAGUCCAAGGUGGUGUCGAGGCGGGGGGGGAACGCCACGCUGCCUUGUAAGAUCCACAGGGAGGAGCCCCUGGCCCCCAGCCGCAAGAUGAGGAUCAAAUGGACCAAGAUGACGUCGGACUACCUGAAAGAGGUGGACGUGUUCGUCGCUAUGGACCAGCACAAGAGGAGCUACGGCCGUUUCCACGGUCGCGUCCACUUGCUCGGCUCCUCCCCCCUCGACGCGUCCCUGGUGAUCACGGAGCUCACCCUGGAGGAUUAUGGGAAAUAUAAAUGUGAGGUCAUCGACGGACUGGAGGACGGAACGACGGUGGUUUCUCUGGAUCUGCAGGGCAUCGUGUUCCCCUACUACCCUCGGCUGGGGCGCUACAACCUCAACUUCUACGACGCGGAGCGCGCGUGCCGCGACCAGGACGCCGCCGUGGCCUCCUUCGACCAGCUGUACGACGCCUGGCGCGGCGGCCUGGACUGGUGCAACGCCGGCUGGCUGAGCGACGGCUCGGUCCAGUACCCCAUCACCACGCCCCGCGAGCCCUGCGGGGGCAAGAACACCGUGCCGGGGGUACGCAACUACGGCCUCCGGGACAAGGAGAAGAACCGUUACGACGUCUUCUGCUUCACGUCCAACUACAAAGGCAGGUUCUACUACCUGAUCCACCCCUCAAAACUGACCUACGACGAGGCAGUGCAGGCUUGCCAGAAAGACGGCGCGCAGAUCGCCAAGGUGGGCCAGAUGUACGCGGCCUGGAAACUGCUGGGCUUCGACCGCUGCGACGCCGGCUGGUUGGCGGACGGGAGCGUCCGUUACCCUAUCACCCGCCCACGCCGGCGCUGCAGUCCGACCGAAGCAGCCGUGAGGUUCAACGGCUACCCCGACAAGAAGCACAAGCUGUACGGGGUGUACUGCUUCAAGGGGCAAAACUGAGCCGCAGCACAUGCACACACCCGACACGCAUCGACACAGACGUACACACAAAUGUUUACUAGCGAAACCAGUACACAUACAGGUUGAUGUCACGGGAGGGGGGAGACCAAUGAGAAGGCCAGAGAGUUUAGAGGGUGCUGAACAUUCAAACUGUGAUGUUUUUUUUCCUAGAUACUGUCAAACAUGUUCAUGAACUUCUUUUUCUUUUUUUUUUUUUUUUAUCUGGGACCUGUUCUUCCAUGUGGGAUAGUUUACACAUAUUUAAGGGUCAUGUUAUUUAAUCUUUGAUUUCUGAUUCAGGGGCAGAACGAACA